AUGGGGCCAGGAACUGGGGCUGCUGAGAGCGAAGAGCUGCAGGAGUUGCGUGUUGAUGGCAAUGGACACCUGGAGACUGUUGGGGAGCCAGAACCUCGUCAUAACUACAGGGGAUGCACAGUCGCCCUCGCAGCCGUGUCCCUAGGUCUCAUCAUCGCUGUUAUUGUCCUGGCAGUGUUGCUAUCUUGGUGUUCUCCUGCUGUCCUGGGCCCCUGCUGCCCGGACGGCUGGGUCGGAUACCGAGGGAGGUGCUACUAUUUCUCCGAGGCCAAAGGGAACUGGAACAACAGCCAGAGACACUGCUCCUGCCUCGAUGCCUCCCUGGCUGGGAUCGACACCCUGCAGGACCUGGCUUUCCUGCUGUGCUAUAAAGGGAACUUUGACCACUGGAUCGGCCUCCAGAGGGACCCGAGGCAGCCCUGGAAAUGGGUCAAUGGCACCGAAUUCAACUGCCUGUGGGUCUUUUUCAUUCAGCUCUUCUGUUUGUAA